GGUCGAACGCCACUCAUAGAGGCUGCCGGCAAUGGCCACAAAUCUGCUGCUUCGCUUCUCCUUCUCUGGGGGGCGGAUGCAUCUGUGGCCGACGAUUUAGGGCGAACUCCGCUUAUCGAAGCAGCUCAGAACGGGCACAAGGCAAUGAUCCAGCUUCUCCUUGAAAACGGAGCAGAUCUAUCAGCAACGGAUGAUCGGGGACGGACACCUCUGACGGAGGCCGCUCAGAAUGGUCACAGGGCAGUAGUUCAGCUGCUUAUCGACUUCGGCGCUGCCAUAUCGACAGCAGACAAUGCAGGACGAACGCCACUG